UGCUCGCAGGAGCUGUGGCACCGGCAACAGUGCAGAGUAGGAGGGAGGUUUUGUUUGUUUGUUUCUCUUCCUUUCUUGUUAUGUAAACAGAAUCUAUAUUAAGCAGUUAUGCAAUGUGGGAGGAAUCUCACAAAUGCAGUAAGGUGGGGCAGGGUCUCUGCCCUGAGCUCACAGCAGAGCAUGAGCCUUUCAUUUCGAGAAACAUUGGGUAGUAUUGGAGCUGCUCAGCAAGGUGGCUUUCAUGACCACAGAUGAAGCCAUCCAUGAUACGGCCCAGUUUCUGAUAGAGGGUGGCCUCCAUGCUUGCUGUGACAAAUCAGGGUCCCUCUUGAGGACUGACCUCUGCACAGGGACUUGGCACUAGAUCCCAGCUCUGCCACUGCCCACGUUUCUGCUCGGUUCCUGAGUUUCCUCUCUCUCAAUUUAGAGUGUAAAAUCUUCAGGGCAGGUACGUGUCUGUGCAACACCUAGCAAAGUGGGGCACUGAUCUCCAUGUGGCCUCUAGAUAUGACAGUAAUAUGCUUCUUAGAGCAUCCUGGCUGUGCUUCCCUUGGCCUGGCCCUUGGGCUAGAGUUUCCCUUUUGUCUCUCUGUUCGGGGUGGGUUUACUUUUUUGUAAGUGUCCAGUUCUCAGUGACUUUCAGGCUGAAUUAGCAGCAGCACAGCCCCAUAUACAUGUUUUAAGCCUAAUGGGGACAGUGCAGGGCAAUCUGACUUGGAGAGGUUGAGAUUCUUCUGUGAGCCAGGUGGAAACUGGAGAAGUAUUUAACUGCUGGGUGGUGAAGGGAGGUAACCUCUAUCCAGCUCUCCAUGAUGUUCAGGCUCUUGUUGAUGAGCCUGAGGGUAAAGAGAAUUCGACAGGGCAGGAUUAUCAAGGGCUGCAGUAGAGGCAGGUUCCCAUGUGUUGCCAUGUCCUAGGUGAUGAGUGGGGAAGUAGAAGGUAUCGCCACUUGCUCGCUGGCUAAAGGGAUUUUUUUCAUCCCUCCUCAGUGACUCGAGGGGAGAGUGAGCCACCUGCCAGAGGCAGUUAGCUGAGCGUCUGGCAGGAACGGAUGUGGCUGAGGUGGGGAAGCGUUCACAGCUCCGCACUAACUCAUAGGGCUCCAGGAAGCCACCCUGAAAGUGAAAGCAGUGGCCAGACGCCCCGCCAUCACGAGCUGUUGACAAACACAGCAUAUCUCUGAACAGGAAGCCCUGCAGGUACCUGCAUCACAGAGGUCUCUGUUCUUGGAAAGCCUGCUUGUUUUCGGGCCCAGUCCAGGGUAUUGGGCCCCUCUGACAUAUCCAAUGCUGAAGUGUCCCUGACUGGGGACUGUCCUUCCGUUCAGAGGCAGGACCCGCCUCUGAAAGAGCGGCAUGUAGCAAUGAACCAUGGGCCCAAGCAUGAAAUCUUGAGAGACCUGACUAUUCCCCGAGUUCAAGGCUAUGCAGAUUGGGGCAUCUGGUUCUCUGUCCUUUGGAGAGGCCUGGAUUGGGGAGUCUGAAUCGAGAUCUAGCUUGCGCUUAUGUUUGAGAGGAGGGAAGAUUGAUCCGGGUUUACGCAUGCUGGAAACUGGGGCUCUGUAGCAUUGGAGGAACUGAUCCUGUGUAUUCCUUAAUAUGUGUGUCUGGGAUGCCAAGGAGUGUGGGUGUCUCACUCUGCUGUGUGCGUGCAGAGUACAUAGAUAACUAGCUUGACUUGCACGAUUGUUUGGGCCUUCACUUCUCAAUAUUUUCUCCAUCUUCUCCCUUGGACACAGCACCCAGCUUCAAAGGGAAGAGGAAAAAGAUGACAUCCACCAUGGAGGCUAUUGAGCCGGGGCCUGUGGAAGAGUCUAAUGCUCUGAAGCCCGAACCUGAGGGGAGCCAGAGCACUGUAGACUCACUGGACCAGCUGGACUCUCCAGCACCGAAGUCAGACAGCAGCUCUGAAGUGGAGCAAAAGAGGCUGGUGGAGGAGAUGGAGAAUGAACAGGAAACCAGCAGGGAGAAGGAGGAGGAACAGGCCUUUCUUGUCAAUCUCUACAAGUUCAUGAAGGACCGUCACACCCCCAUUGAGAGGGUGCCUCAUCUUGGCUUCAAGCAGAUUAACCUGUGGAAGAUCUAUAAAGCCGUCGAGAAGCUGGGAGCAUAUGAACUGGUCACAGGAAGGCGCCUGUGGAAGAAUGUGUAUGAUGAGCUGGGGGGCAGCCCUGGAAGCACCAGCGCAGCCACCUGCACCCGGAGGCACUAUGAGAGGCUGGUCCUCCCCUACGUGCGACAUCUGAAGGGUGAGGAUGACAAGCCGCUGCCCCCCACCAAGCCCCGGAAGCAGUACAAGGUCUCCAGGGAGCCCCGUGGGGAGCAAGGCGAGGACACAGCUGAGAAAAGCAAGAGAGUCAAGAAAGAGAAAAGUGGAGACCAGGUUUUGCCUGAGAAGGUGAAGCCAGAUGCCUCUGUCACUCCCAAAUGGAGUGUGGAGGAUGUGACAGAUGCACCCAAGCAGAAUCAACUGGGAGACCGAGUGGAGCGGCUCCCCAUUUCGAACACCAGGGACUUGGCCAAGAGUCCGCCAUCCACGAGCUGUCACAGCAACUGCAGGGCCCAUGGCUGUUCCGAGGCUUACAAACGGCUCUUCUCCAGCUUCUGCUUCAAAGGGAACCAUGGCAUCAUGUCUCCCUUGGCCAAGAAGAAGCUGCUUGCUCAGGUGAGCAAGGCUGAAUCGCUGCACUAUCAUGAAAGACACCUGAGCCACUGCCCAGAAGGGAAGAAAUCGAGGUCUGCUGGACUCCCCUGCCCCAGCCCAGAGCUUGAGUCCAACAGGCCGUCAGUCAUUCAUCAGUGCAAGGAGGGAAGGAGCCCUGUGCCAGAGGGAGAUGAUCACAGUAACCCAGCCCAAGCAUGUCAUCUCCCUAACAGAGGGGAGGGCGUGCUGUGCCCAAAGGGAUCUCGGAGCCCUAGAGGAAGCCAGAUCUUUCCGAGGACAGACAGCAGGAGUUCAGGACGCCACCUCUUGCCUGCUCCUGCCAUCUUCACUGGCCGCUUCCAUGCGUACAGAAGUGAGGUUCUAAAACCUGUGAGCUGCCACCCUCUACGAGGCCCCAUGGAGUAUUUUCCAGGCUACCGUGACUUCCAAGAGACUCCCUCCGCCUGUCAUCAGCCGGGCCAGGACACGCAGCCAGCCAACCCCCCUCGGAAGCGGCAGGAGGAUACAGAGGGUUGUAUGGAUCAGCCAGAAGAUUUGCGCAGCAAAGUGAGCCAGGCCCCACCAUCCUUGAGUGGAGAUAGCCCGCGACCCUCUGCCUUCUAUAAAAGCAGUUCUGUGGGGAGUAGAGGCUCUCCCUUUGCCAGUGUGAAAGCCUGCUGGGUCCCUCCCCUGCCCAGCUUUACCAAGGCCAGUCCCCAGCUGCCCAAGAAUAGUGGGCUCAUCCAACCCGUCCCUCAGAGCCAGCUGAGCAGUCCUGCCUUGGGCCACGGGCUGAGGAGCAAGCGCAGUCUGGAGGAGGAGGGCUUUGUGCAUGGGAAGAAGCUAAAAGCCGUUUCGCCUCUUGUCAAGGGAGUGGAGCCAAAGGACAAGUGCGGCGAGUCACCCAGCCUCCAGCAGGGCCUGGCCAAGCCCCGGGCCGUGGUGCCAAACCCCAGCUUUCCUGCACCACUCGCCUCUACUGCAGGGCAGGACAGUUACAAAGGGACAAUGCUGAGGUUCCCAGUGAACUUUGGCACCUCCACGGACCAUUUAAAGGGACAGUCUUCUCCACUGAUCCCUUCACUCUCUGUCAGCCCAUUCAUCAUUCCUGCAUUUCCAAGCCACUUAUUAGCUGCCUCCACUCAACCUUCAGACCUCUGCCGGCCGCUGGCUACCAGCCUAGUGCACUACCCCACGUCUUACGACAGCUCGCUGCGGCAUAGGCUAUACCCUGUUUCCACAUGGCACAAUCAGCCAACAUAUACCCCCCACCACGUGAACACCUUCCACCGGAACACCAAGCUGUAGUCACUGGCAUAGAGACUGUUACUUGUGGAGAGAGGUUAUCUACUGAUGGUAGGGGGUCUUGGCCAGCCAUGGUGCUGAGUAGGACACAGUAACAGUGGAGUUGCAGCUGUGCUGCAUCAGCCUUGGUGCUGCCCCAGUCCUGAGGCCUUGUCUUGCAAUGUGGAAGGAGAAGAUACGGACAGACUGGACCGUGUCAUUUUUACUCUUGCUCUUCAAGCGUUAUUUGUAAUUGACACCAUACACUGGGGGCUCUCGCACACAUGUGGAGUUUAAAAAAGGGAGCAAAAUAAGUUCUGGAGAGUCCUCUUAAUAUCAGAGGUGACCCCAUCUAUCAUGCAGCUGCUUGGACAAGUAGGUUCCAAAGAGCAGCAUGGACCUGGAUGUUGUCCAUCCAUGUUCCUUACUAGCAAGACUGAAAAGAGGAGUGUUAAGACAGAGAGAGGAAAAACUCAAAUUAAUUACUACUGUUUCGAGGGUGUCCCAAUAUGCCAGUGGAGCUCUGGGAGUGCUCUGUGACCUGUGUUCUGGUCUAAAACAGUAUUUCAGGUGAAUCACCUUGGGGAUGGGAAUCAGGUUUAAAUUUCCCAGAUUGGGGACAGGGCAUUAACUCCCCCCCUCCCCCAUUGGUUUCACAGAGCCCGGAAAUCAUCUGAGAUAUUCCCAAGCUACUCCUGUCCCCAUGUGAUGCUGUCUGUGGAGGCCUCUGUGGAUCUCUCCAAAGGCUGCAUUGCUCUGGUUGGAAGCAUCCAGGUGUCUGCAAUAAAACUGCCCAAGAUGGUGCAAAUGGG